AUGGCAGAUCAUCCGUGCCAGCCGUGCCAGCAUGCAGCUAGCCUUAGAAAUGAGGCGCAAGAGCCCUGGGUCGCACUGGCAAAGGCUUGGUCUGGUUUGGCAUGGAAGCUGCGGUUGCCAGUCGCACUUCGGUGCUUCCUGGCUGGCCUGACGAACCAGACCGUUGUGCUACGAGCGUGCCAGCUUCCCAAGAAUCGCAAAGUUCACCGACGGCUCAAGCACGUCUUGUCGGUUGCAGCACCAUGCCCCCGCGACCGAAGGAGCCAGGGCACUUUCCGAGUGGUUGAGGGAGGCGCAGCAGGGGACACAUGCCUCGUCCAGACCACCCUGGGCGGCCUGGCCCACAACACGGAAGCGACUGUGCGUGGGCGUCAAUCUGUGAAGAGGGCCCUGCAUCUGCAAGCACAGAGUUUCUUGUCCAAGCAGUUGCACGAAUGCAAGCCACCGGGCCGGCAAGGUCUGCUGUGA